UCCGGGACUAGGGCCGGCCGGUGUGCCCGCUAGGGCUACAAAUCUAUGCGAUCAGGUUCCUAGCCGGCUGCUUUUUGGCGCCGGGUCCUCAGCAUGGCAGCCUCCAGGGUUGAGGGCUGGGGAGCUGCCACACCCUCGUUUUGCUGACCGUCCCUGGAGUCUGUGUUCUUCUUGUCUUUCCUGGGCCACCCUAGCAGACAUGUUCGCUAAGGCCUUUCGGGUCAAGUCCAACACGGCCAUCAAGGGAUCGGACAGAAGAAAACUUCGGGCGGAUGUGACAGCUGCUUUUCCCACCCUUGGAACAGAUCGGGUCUCUGAGUUGAUCCCUGGAAAGGAAGAACUAAACGUCGUGAAGUUGUAUGCUCACAAAGGGGAUGCAGUGACUGUGUACAUGAUUGGUGGUAACCCCAUCCUGUUUGAACUGGAGAAAAAUUUGUACCCAACAGUGUACACACUGUGGUCCUAUCCUGAUCUCCUACCAGCCUUUACAACAUGGCCUCUGGUACUGGAAAAACUGGUCGGGGGAGCAGAUUUGAUGCUGCCAGGGGUAGUGGUGCCCCGUACUGGUCUGCCCCAGGUACAGCAAGGCGACCUCUGUGCCAUUGCCUUGGUGGGGAACAGAGCUCCUGUAGCAAUUGGAGUGGCUGCCAUGUCCACAACUCAGAUGCUGGCUUCAGGCCUGAAGGGAAAGGGCUUCUCUGUGCUCCACACUUAUCAGGAUCACUUGUGGAAAUCUGGAGACAAGUCCUCUCCACCUGCCAUUGCCCCAUUGGCAGUGAAUCCCACAGAUAGCAAUGAAGAGAAGGUGGACCUUGGUCUGCAUGGAAACCUGAGCAGCCUGACCCUGGAGGGAGAGGAGGAGAAUAGGAAGGUUCAUCACCCAGAAGCCUCUGAAGACACCAGUUCCGGAGCCCUGAGCCAGGAUUCCCAGGAUGGCAAGCCCCUUCAAGAGCAAAUGGAUGAGCUGUUACAUCAAUGCUUCCUGCAUGCCCUGAAGAGUCGAGUCAAGAAAGCUGACCUCCCUUUGCUCACCAGCACUCUCCUUGGCAGUCACAUGUUCUCUUGCUGCCCCGAAGGACAGCAGCUGGAUAUAAAGAAGUCAAGCUAUAAAAAGCUCUCUAAGUUUCUGCAGCACAUGCAGCAGGAACAGAUUGUCCAGGUCAAGGAGCUGAGCAAAGGGGUGGAGAGCAUUGUGGCUGUGGACUGGAGGCACCCGAGGAUCACAUCCUUUGUCAUCCCCGAGCCUUCCCUGACUUCCCAGACUGUCCAGGAGGGUAGCAGGGAACAGCCCUAUCACCCUCCAGAUAUAAAAUCCCUCUACUGUGUCCCAGCCAACAUGACCCAGCUCUUCCAGGAGUCUGGCCACAAGAAGGGGAGCACCCUUGAGGGCGGUGAGGUCCGCAGGAUCGUCAUUGACUAUGCCAAGAGGAACAGCCUGGUGGAUGCAGACAACAGGAAUCUGGUGAAAUUGGAUCCUAUCUUAUGUGACUGCAUCUUAGAGAAAAAUGAACAGCACUCGGUCAUGAGGCUUCCGUGGGACUGUCUCCUGACCAGGUGUUUGCAAAAUAUGCAGCCUGCCUACCAAGUGACGUUUCCUGGACAGGAGCCCAUUCUGAAGAAAGGGAAACUCAGUCCGAUUGACAUCACCCUUGCCCAGAAGGCUUAUAAUAAAAAGGUGACUGUGGUCCGGAACUUGGAGAUCUAUGGUCUUGAUCCGUGCUCGGUGGCCACCACUCUCCAGCAGCGAUGUCAGGCCAGCACCAUCGUCUCUCCUGCCCCUGGGGCCAAAGACAGUGUGCAGGUGCAGAUCCAAGGAAACCAGAUCCACCACCUUGGCCAGCUGUUGCUUGUCUUCACAGAGUUCCACUUCACAGUGGUGCAAAAAUGACGGAUUCCAGGGAAACUGUACUUCAGAUUUUGAAGUUUGAACUCUCCCAGAACUAGCAUUGGCUAGACAGUCUGUGGAGAUGCUAGGUAGUAGCAAGAGCCCCUCCCCUGUCAGUCAUGUGAUCAAGGGGGGAACAACCAGAAUGCCACACUAUGCUGAGCCACUUAGCUAAGGUGCCCUCCACUUUAGCUGGACUAUGUGCCUUUUCAACUUACCAUAUUUCCUCUCUCUCUUUUUAAUAAUUAAAAGAAUUACAUGUGUAUGGGUGUUUUGCCUGCAUGUAUGUCUGUGCACUACGUGUGUGCCUGGUGCCCUCAGGAGCCAGAAGAGGGCAUCGGAGCCUCUGAAACUGGAGUUGUAGAUGUGAGCUGCAGUUGUGAGCUGCCAUGUGGAUUCUGGGAAUUGAAAACCAGAUCCUCUGGAAGAGCAGCAAAUGCUCUACCUGCCGAGCCAUCUCUCCAGCCCCUCGGUUCACCAUAUUUUCAACUCACAAUGGGUGUAUAAGGGGACAUAACUCCAUCAAGAAAUAACAGUCUAUGUAUUUACGUGCACACACACACUUCAGUUUAUAGCAGUGAGCAGGAGAUGAAGCCAGUGUUUGAACCAGACCUUUGGCCCUUCCCAGAACCCCUGCUCUCUCCAUCAGGCAUAUUCUUAGCUUUCCUCCUGGUUUCCCCUCCUAGCCGUCAUGUGGUGAGUGCCCGGCCAUGCCCGGUGUUCAGCUGGGCUGCAGAGGGCAUCUCCUUGGUUAUAACUGUGCUCCAGAGAGACUCAGUACCUUGCCUGGAGCUCACCUGACUCUUGAGUACUGUAGCUGGGCUCUGAGUCUUUUUAUUUUUCAGAGCCAUAGUUCUUUUGAUUCUCUCUGGGUCUGUAGCCUCUACUUUGUCCUUCACUGAAGCCCUGCUCCACAUUCCGCCUGGCUUACCUUUCUAAACUAACUGGAAUCCCAUCACUGUCCUAGAAGGCCUUCUGUCUUAUCCAUGCCUUCAGGAGCAAGCUCCUGAGUUUGAGGACACGCCCCUCCCAGCCUGCCCUGUUUUUCCUGCAGCCUCUCUCCCCAGCUCCCUGACAUCCUAAUGGCAUCCCAGCCAGUUUCCUGCUGUUCCCCCCCACACACGGGCCGCUUGACAUCUACCUGCCUGUACCUGCCUGUUCCCUUGUCUUGUGUGCCCCGCCCCCCAUAUCCCUGGCCUGUCUGUCCUCACAGGUUCACUGGCACAGCUCAGGGGCAAUGCCCAUUUCCCUUUGAACGUGAUAAAAAUUACUAGUAUUAGUGCUCCUCAGCUGUGUUGAUAGUUCUGGUUAGUGUCUGGAGCUUGGCUAAUUUUUUUCUCUAAUGUCUGAACCCUCUGCAAAAUAGAACUUGGGAUAGACCUUGCCUUUCCCAUGCCUGUCUCACACUCAAGAGACUGGCAUGUAGCACAUGCUCAGUAAGUAGCGUUAUCUCAUGGCCUAUGACAGUCCACAGCAAUUCCCUUCCAAAAUUGAGCUCCUUUAUGUGGAGAGCCGCAUGUGGUGGAAUGGGACUAAGAAGAGACAGAAGAAAAUAGAUGAACAGACACCUGAGCAGACACCCACCUUCUCUCUUAGAACAUCUUGAUGAGCGGCUCUCACUGUGGGUUGUGACCACCUGGGGGAGAACAACCCUUUCACAGGGUGGCCUAAGAGCAUCGGAAAACACAGAUUUACGAUGUGGUUUAUAACAGUAGCAAAAUUACAGUCAGGAAGGAGCGGUGAAAAUAAUUUCAUAGUUGGGGGUCACCACAACAUGAGAAACUGUAUUUUGUUUGUUUGUUUUUAUUUUGGUUUUUCAAAACAGGGUUUCUCUGUGUAGUCCCAGAACUUGCUCUGUAGACCAGGCUGGCCUCGAACUCAGAGAUCUGCCUGCCUCUGCCUCCCACGUGCUGGGAUUAAAGGUGUGCAUCACCACUACCCAUCUGAGGAACUGUAUUAAAGGGUCAUAGCAUUAGGAAGUUUGAGAACCACUGAUCUAGAUGAUAGCUAGCAGGAUAUAAAUGACCAAAAUACAUUGUCCAACUACUGUGUGUGGUAAAUGGUCCAUCCUAGGUGUCACCAGACACCGGUGAGCUUGAACAGGACAUAGAAGGCAGGUCAUGUGUUGGCAAUGAUUGUAAUAGCUCCUUGGCAGCAGGGAUGAGCACAGGGGUUUAGUGGACAGUGCAGGGCAGAAGGUUACAGGGCCCAAGGGACAUGGAAAGCAGGGAGGGGCAGGAGGGACUUGAGACCAGGCGUGGCUGAAGGUUUUCUUUUUGGAUUGUAGAAGAGUAUCGGCUCCCGGGAAAAUACAUCCAAGGCCUAGAAAAGGCCCCCAAACCUGGCAAGAAGUGACAGACCCAUUUUAUGCAGUGGAUCCCAUGGGAACUCAGGUUCUGAGCUGGUAAUUGAUAUAAGCAUUUUCAACUUUUGCAAAUAAAAACUGUAAUUCUUUUACAUAAAGCUUUUAUUCUAAUCUAAA